UUAUUAUCAAGUUUUCUAUGGCAACCCAGUUUUCCAUAAAUGAAUUUGCGAGUCUACAACUGGUGCAUAGAAUAGAAUUUCAAUCAUCGCAAUUUGAAUCGUGAUAUCUAUAGUAGUUCGCGUUUAAUCAGUUUUUCACGUGGAAAAUAUUAUAUAGUGUGCUAUAAAUUGUGUAAAUUAAAUAUGUCAGGAGAAAUACCAGUCCCUCCUCCAGUACUGUGGGCACAACGAAAAGAAGACGUUUUACUUACAUUUAGCGUUGAAUGCAAAGACCCAGCUAUUAAAAUAGAAAAAGAUUCAAUUUACUUUAAAGGCAUUAAUGCGCAAGAUAAAAAGGUCCACGAGGUGACAAUUCCGCUAUAUGAUGCCGUGGUUCCAGAAAAUAGCGGCUUUGUAAAUAAAGGUCGCUGUGUAGAAAUGGUGCUCCGGAAAGAAAAGAAGGACGCGCCUUAUUGGCCUUCAUUAACAAAAGACAAAAAGAAGCCUCAUUACCUUAAAAUAGAUUUUAACAAAUGGAAAGACGAAGAUGAUGAAGAUGAGGAAGGUGGCGGUAAUAAUUAUGACAUCGAGGAGAUGCUACGGUCGAUGGGCGGUGGUGCCGGUGAUAAAGCCGAAAAACCCUCAUUUGACGAUCUAGAGAGCGAUUCUGACGAUGAGAACCUACCUGAUCUUGAAUGAAACCUAUUGUAGUGCUACAGCUUAUGUUUAAAAAUUCAGUACUUUAUGUACCUAUAUUAAGGUUUUUACAGUUAUAAUAAAAUCAUACAAAAAAAAA